GUGACACGAUGGACGUCCCGGACAGGUCGCUCCGUUGAUCCCGUUCCGACCGGUCGAGCCUUCCCAUGAGCGAUGUGCCAACGGUGCUGGUCACAGUCUGGUCCUUGGGCGGUGAGGUGCUGUGCCAAGUCCGCGUUCCACAGGAGAUCACGCUACAGCAGUUGAAGGGGACGAUCGGCCAGGCCGCCCAGUGCCACGUCACGCGCGCGGAUCACCUGUGCUGCGGCGCCGAGACCUGGAAGGACUUGCUGAGCCGGCCUUUGAUGCAGCUCAGCGACCAAGUGGAAGUGACCUGGGUCAAGAAGGAGGAACUUCAGGAAGGCGAUGAGCUCUUCUACUGUGGCCCCAGCAUGGCUUCCAAUAGUCUUGUGGAGCGUGGAGCCGUGUGCACCCUCCGAGGAGGAAGCAAUUCGCAUCGCGAUUACACGCUGGUCUUCUUCCCGCAGGCGAACACAAGCCUCGUAGUGCAUCGACUGCACUUGUCCCGCUCACCACCCAAUGCCGUGCCGUUGCCGGCGGGCUGUGACGUGGGUGAGACCUUCUUCUACUGCGGACCUUUGCGUCGCAUCGGUGGCCGCGUCUUGACUCCGGGAGCUCGCGGAGAGGUCGUGGAAGCAGGCUUGUUGGAAGGCAGUUUACGCCUUCGCUUCCAGGGCUUUGGCUUCACGCUAUUCUCGGUGGAGAUGCAAAACCUCUCAAAGGAAGCACCAAGAGGUUGUUGCAGCUCAAUCCCUUGGAGUUUCUUCUUGCAGGCCUUGCAGCAGUGCGCUGCAUGCGCUGCGUAUCUUUGUGGCCGAUGGAGAGGCCUUUGAGGAGAAAAACGGAUCUGCGCCACACAAGUGGUUUUUUGGUGAUGUUGCGAUCUGGUUCG